GUCAGAAUUGAAAGUGUGAAGGAGUUGAAUGCCUAUGAGAGGAGACAGCAGAAAUCUCCAAGCAGGAGCCACAGUCUUUGUGGUGUGAGAAGGAAUUGUGAGUCUUGACUUGGGAGAUAUGGCAGAGCAUGCUGAGCUGCUAGCAGAGAUGGCAACUAUUGGCCGCCUCUCUGCCACCGAGCGCCUAAAGCAUGCACAGAAGAGACGGGCACAGCAGCUGAAAGGCUGGGCUCAGAUGGAGAAGGACAGUGCCCGUACUCAAAAGGGCAACCACAAGGGAGAUGGGGUGAAGAAAAGCAGAAGGGUGACCUUCAACACCAGUGUGAUGUUGCUGGAGGCUGCAGCCAGGAAUGACAUAGAGGAGGUACGACAGUUGCUCAAUAAUGGAGUCAGUCCAGACUUGUUCAACGAAGACGGGCUCACUGCACUUCAUCAGAGCUGCAUAGAUGAUUUUUUGGACAUAGCCCGCUGUCUUCUGGAUGCGGGUGCAAACGCGAAUGCGUGUGACAGUGAGCUGUGGACCCCUUUACAUGCGGCGGCCACCUGUGGACACACUGACCUCGUCCAGCUGCUGAUAGAAGCGGGUGCAGAUCUGUUAGCGGUGAAUGCAGAUGGAAACAUGCCGUAUGAUCUGUGUGAGGAUGAGGCUACGCUAGAGCUCAUAGAGAUGAUCAUGGCAGAGCGGGGGAUUACUCAGGAUAGAAUUGAUGAAUAUCGUGGAGCCAAGGAGAGAGCAAUGUUGUCUGACCUUCAGGAGCUGGUUGCGAGUGGAGCUGAUCUGAAUGUGAAGGACGAGCACGGGGCCACUCUGCUGCAUGUUGCAGCUGCUAAUGGAUACGUGUCAGUCGGAGAGCUGUUGCUGGAGCACAGAAUAUCUCCUAACGACAGGGACACUGAUGGGUGGACGCCACUCCAUGCUGCUGCCUGCUGGGGACAGAUCCAGAUGGUGGAGCUGCUGGUAGCUAAUGGUGCAAAUUUAAAUGCCAAGUCUGAGCUGGAUGAGACGCCUCUUGAUGUGUGCACUGAUGAGGAGGUCCGGACCAAAAUGAUGGAGCUGAAACACAAACACGAUGCCAUCAUGAAGUGUCAGGACAAACACAAAAACACAUUGCAGAGACUAGUGUCCAGCACGGGCAGCAGGGGUAAAGUAGUGAGGCGCACCAGUGUGAACGAGCGCAGCAGUCUGUACCGCAGAGAGCAUCAGAAGGAAGCCAAAGUGUGGCAGGAGAGAGGAAGACAGACAGAGGCCCUGGAGGAUGAUGAAGACAGACAGACUGAUGCUGAACUGAACCUGCACGCUGUACUAGUGUCCAGCUCUAAUGCAGCCCCUGUUCCUCCAUUAGAGGUCGGCGAAGUGGAAAAUAGAGCUCAAGUUCUGGGGAACGGCAGCACGGCUACGAUUUCUUUCUCACUUCCAGGAGAACUCCAGGGCGGGGGCCGCAUGGAUCGCAGCGCCUCCUAUCAGCUCACUCCAGCUUCGGCUGCUGCUGACGACGGGGACAGCAUGAGCAGAGAGAGAUCUCACCACACGCUUGCAGAUCUCAAACGCCAGAGAGCAGCAGCUAAACUGCAGAAACGUCCAGCACCUCCUAUACCGCUUUCUGCAGACCCUCAAGAUGAGGUCGUUCCUAAAGGACCCCAGGGAUCUCUGGAGCCCCCCGAAUCAGUACAACAGGACGUGUCCCCCAGUGCAGUGUACUUUACCCAAGCUAGUGGAGAUCCACCUCUGCUGAAGCUGACAGCACCAGAAGAAGACACAACUAAUACAAAAGAGCCAUGCUGUGGACUCAUGUAGAAGCAGCGGACGAACACGUCUGCUUUCAUGUGAUAGUUCCUGUGGAAAAACUAGAAUUAUAAGGCAGGUAUGUGGAAAUGAGUUUCAUGUCCAAGUCAUGCUUUCUCUCACAAUGGCACAUAGACAGAGUGAAGCGUUUUCAACACUAAUAUGAAUAAUUAUGAAUAAUUUGAUGAAGGACUGUGUAGCUUUCUGAAUGGAUGACACAAAAAAUCCAAAGAAAGAAGAGCAAAGUGUCCACAUUUAGAUAGUUUCUUGGAUUAAUUGCAUUAUUGCAGUAUUUCAAUCUUUUAAGAUCAUAUCAUUUUAUUUUAAUUAGUUGUUAUGGUCAUUAAAUUUUUUAAGUAUUGGCUCAAUUAUUCAAUACAUAGAGAAAAAAAAAACUCUGAGCACUUUACUUGACCAAACUUUCAGCAAUCUUCUGAACUUUGAUGGAGAUUAAUACUGAUACACAAAAAAAGCACAAAUGAAAAAAUUGCACUGAUCAAAAUAAAGUUGCAUAUCAUUCACA